ACACACCGGAAACAAAAAAUAAUUACCGCAGUCCUGCUCAGUCCAAACCGCCCCUGGUUUUUCUUUUCUUCUCCUCCACUCUCUUUCUUUUUUUACCCCCUAAAACCCUCACUAUAAAUAUUUUCCUCCGCUUCCUCCUUAUUUUCACAAAACAUAUACACACAAUUUCCAAUAUCUACAAUCACAAAAACACACUUUUCAUUUCUACAAUGGACACGACAAUCGGAGCAGUGGACGCCUGUAAGGCAGCCUGCAACGACAUCGCAGCACCGCCGAACGGCGCCGUUUCGACAAUCGCAAACACUCCGAUCAGCUUCAACUCGUCGGAAGCGACGCUUGGGCGUCACCUGGCGCGGAGGCUGGUUCAGAUCGGCGUGAACGAUGUGUUCUCCGUUCCCGGCGACUUCAACUUGACGCUUCUCGAUCAUUUACUAGCUGAGCCAGGGCUUAAUUUAGUCGGCUGUUGUAACGAGCUUAAUGCUGGCUACGCGGCUGAUGGAUACGCAAGGUCACGCGGCGUAGGUGCUUGUGUGGUGACGUUUACGGUCGGAGGAUUGAGUGUGAUUAACGCGAUUGCUGGCGCGUAUAGUGAGAAUUUGCCGUUGAUUUGUAUCGUUGGAGGUCCGAAUAGUAAUGAUUACGGAACUAACAGAGUGCUUCAUCAUACGAUCGGCUUGUCCGACUUCUCUCAGGAGCUUCGGUGCUUCCAGACUGUCACUUGCUUUCAGGCCGUGGUCAAUAAUUUAGAAGAUGCUCAUGAACUGAUUGAUACUGCAAUUUCUACUGCAUUGAAAGAAAGCAAACCUGUAUAUAUAAGCGUGGGAUGUAAUUUGGCCGCGAUACCACAUCCUACUUUUAGCCGCGAACCAGUUCCGUUUUCACUUGCUCCCAAAUUGAGUAAUAAGAUGGGCUUGGAAGCUGCUGUGGAAGCAACAGCAGAGUUCUUGAACAAGGCUGUUAAGCCAGUUAUGGUGGGUGGUCCAAAAAUGCGUGUGGCCAAGGCUUGUGAAGCUUUUGUUGAAUUAGCAGAUGUCUGUGGGUAUCCAGUUGCUGUAAUGCCAUCAGCUAAAGGAAUGGUGCCUGAACAUCAUCCACAUUUCAUUGGAACGUAUUGGGGUGCCGUGAGCACUGCUUUUUGUGCAGAGAUUGUCGAAUCAGCUGAUGCUUACUUGUUUGCUGGACCAAUCUUUAAUGAUUACAGCUCUGUUGGGUACUCUCUCCUCCUUAAGAAGGAGAAGGCAAUCAUCUUGCAGCCUGAUCGUGUUGUGAUAGCAAAUGGUCCUACGUUUGGCUGUGUUCUAAUGAAGGAUUUUUUGCAAGCCCUUGCGAAAAGGCUAAAGCAUAAUAAUACUGCCUAUGAAAACUACCACAGGAUUUAUGUUCCAGAAGGGCACCCACUCAAAUGUGCACCGAAGGAGCCUUUAAGGGUCAAUGUUUUGUUCCAGCAUAUACAGAAACUGUUGUCUGGUGAUACUGCUGUCAUUGCUGAGACAGGGGACUCGUGGUUCAAUUGCCAGAAGCUGAAAUUGCCAAAAGGAUGCGGGUAUGAGUUCCAAAUGCAGUAUGGAUCCAUUGGGUGGUCAGUUGGUGCAACCCUAGGGUAUGCACAGGCCGCUAAGGAUAAGCGAGUAAUUGCUUGCAUUGGUGAUGGAAGCUUCCAGGUCACUGCUCAGGAUGUGUCGACAAUGUUGCGAUGUGGUCAGAAUCAAAUCAUUUUUCUGAUAAACAAUGGUGGUUACACCAUUGAAGUUGAGAUCCAUGAUGGACCUUACAAUGUGAUCAAGAACUGGAACUACACUGCACUGGUUGAUGCGAUCCACAACGGUGAAGGCAAAUGCUGGACUACUAAGGUCCGCUGUGAGGAAGAUCUUGUUGAAGCUAUAGAGACAGCAACAGGAGCCAAGAAAGAUUGUCUUUGCUUCAUUGAAGUGAUCUGCCACAAGGACGAUACAAGCAAAGAGCUGCUCGAGUGGGGAUCAAGGGUAUCUGCUGCUAACAGCCGCCCACCGAAUCCCCAGUAGACCUUUCCCUCUUGCUGCAGAGGGAUGGAACAUGAUUAUAUGCUGAACUUUGCGAGUGGAUUAAGUUUCUAAACACGGAAUUAAUAAAUUUAUUUGGUCGAAAUUAGUAAUAUGCUUUGGUAACAUUUUAAGUACUAUUCAAUUAUGUGUUUAUGUAAUCUGUAUAUAUACGAGUCUUCGUCUAUGUUAUAACUCUGAGCUUCCAUAUAAAUUCUCCCUUCUUAUAACCA